AUGGAUCCUUCUAUCGUGCAAAAGGAAGAAGACGCAAGGCUCGUAAAGCUUGUGGAAGAUUACAUCCGUCAAGAAGAUCACAACAAGGCCAUGGAGGUAAUUGAAGAUUCGAUUUCAGUCCGUGGGAUACAGAAACUCCCCAGGGCGUUGAAUUUCCUUGAAGGCUCUGUUUUGUUUCAGCUAGGGAAUAGAAACGAGGACAUUCAUGUGGAGAACCUAUUAAUCCAUGUUUGGGUAAGUAUGGGUCCAUCUAGUUCAUCUUAUACACUACAAGUGAGUUUCCACAAUGUGGAGUCACAGAGGUACAUUUCGGACUCCUUACCUCUUCCGGUUCCCAAAUUAGGUCCAUUUGAUGUUCCUCCCUUGGAUUGA